UGUUACGUCAGGCGUAAGGUCAAGAGGAACGAAGCAUGGCCGCUGUGUUGAGAGGGUCUCGGUACCUGGUUGGAGGGUGUUGCAAGCAUGUUGACUUUGCAGUUGUCUCCACAAGGUCUAUGGCCUCGAAGACAUCAGUGGGGUUUGUCGGUCUGGGCAAUAUGGGAAACCCAAUGGCAAAGAACUUGCUGAAGCAUGGAUACCCAGUCAUUGCUACUGAUGUGUUCCCGGAGUCUUGCAAGGAAGUGCAAGAGCUGGGCGCUCAGAUUGUGGACAAUCCUGCUGAGGUAGCAGACAAGGCUGACCGCAUCAUCACCAUGCUCCCCUCAAGCCCAAAUGUCAUAGAUGCGUACACCGGACCUAAUGGCAUCCUCAAAAAGGUGAAGAAAGGCUCCCUACUCAUUGACUCCAGCACCAUUGACCCAGCUGUGUCAAAAGAGAUGGCUACUGCUGCUGAGAAGAUGGGGGCAGUUUUUAUGGAUGCACCUGUAUCAGGAGGUGUGGGUGCUGCCAGCUCGGGUAAACUGACUUUUAUGGUCGGAGGAGCAGAAGAGGAAUUUACUGCAGCCAAAGAACUGCUCACCUGCAUGGGGGCUAACGUGGUGUACUGCGGUCAGGUCGGAACUGGACAGGCUGCUAAAAUCUGCAACAACAUGCUUCUAGCCAUUGGUAUGAUUGGGACCUCAGAGACGAUGAACUUGGGAAUCAGACUCGGCCUUGAUCCUAAACUGUUGGCCAAGAUCCUGAACAUGAGUUCCGGUCGGUGCUGGUCCAGUGACACCUACAACCCCGUGCCUGGAGUCAUGGAGGGAGUCCCUUCUGGAAAUAACUACCAGGGAGGCUUCGGCACUCAGCUUAUGGCUAAGGACCUGGGCCUCGCACAGAACACAGCCACCAACACAAAGACUCCUGUCCCUCUGGGCUCCUUAGCGCAUCAGAUCUACCGUAUGAUGUGCGCACGUGGAUAUGCCACUAAAGAUUUCUCCUCCGUGUUCCAGUUUCUGCGCGAGGAGGAGGGCCAGUAAUGUCAGCCUCCACCCCGUCCACAGCCUUGCCAGGCCUGGCCCUGCACAGGACUAACAUAGUGUAGUUAGGGUGCAUUUCGCCCCAAGGACUUUCUUUUUCAAAGUUGUGAAAGACAUGAAGCCAAGAGAGCUCCAACACAGCGUGACAGAUCAUGUGAGCACUUCUCUCCUAUUGGAAAUCAUGUUUCCUGUGUGAUCUAGCCUUUUUAAUAUGCAACACUCCUUUCAGUUUUUGAAGCAAGUAUACUUUCAGAUAUACAGAGGAUCCAAAAGAUUAGACUGUCAAGUAGUGUCAGCUCUGCAGAUCUUACUUUUAAUGCAAAGAGUCCGGUGGGAAUCUGUGGUGUAAGAAGACAAUUAAUUAGGUCUGUUUCCAACACGGUUUAGUCUCCACAUAUUUAUCUUAUGUUUGUGAUUAUUUCUUUAUGUUGCAGUUUUUUUCUUUCCAUGGGGGGUUACUUCUCUUCACAUUGGAAAUGUUACUUUGGGGUAAGAAUGUCAUAUCAUAUCCUGUUAGGAAAUAAAGACAAAUUGUGAUGUCUUGAA